AUGAGCCCGCCUGUUCCUCGAGUCGAUCCGGUAACUGGUGAAAAGUAUUAUACAUCUGAAGAUGCGAUGAACUUAUUACCAAAAGAUUAUGAAGAAUGGAUCUAUUCUAACAAAACAGAGCAUGUAGAUGAAGUUCGAUUAUACGCAUCCAAAUUCUGGAAUAUUGUUUUAACAAAAUCACCACCAUUUUUGCCACUUACACGAUUUUAUUGUGCAUGUAUUGGUUUAGUUUUAUGGUUUCCUUGUGAAUACUUAUUUCAUCGUUUUCUAUUUCAUUUACCUGUGACUGGUCGUAAUAGUCAAAAAUUCCACUUGUUUUUACAUGGAAUUCAUCAUCUAGCACCAAAAGAUUUAUGGCAUGUCUUUUCUCCAGUGCACGAACUAGGAGUCCAGGCAUUAGCAGUUGGAUUAUUUUUCUGGUUAAUUGGUCUUCCAGAUCCAGUAGCUACGAUGUCUGGUCUUCUGCUUAAUUAUAUGCGUUAUGAUAGUAUUCAUUACUGCAUCCACGCAUAUACACCAAAACAAUUAUCGAAAAUUCCAUUUAUUGGUAAUUAUUUGAAACAAUGUGCUAUUCAUCAUCGAACUCAUCACUUUGUUAAUCCAAAAAAACAUUUUACUAUUAGUUCUGUGUCUUCAUUAGUCGAUUAA